AUGUGCGACAAUCGCCGCGGCAUCUCCCUGCUGAACAUCGCCGGGAAGAUCUUCGCUCGCAUCCUGCUCAACCGCCUCAAUAACCAUCUGGAACAGGGCCUUCUGCCGGAAAGCCAAUGCGGCUUCCGUCGUCAUCGUGGGUCCACGGAUAUAAUCUUCGCCGCCCGUCAACUUCAGGAGAAGUGUCAGGAGAUGCGGACCCACCUGUACUCUACCUUCGUGGACCUGACGAAAGCCUUCGACACGGUGAAUCGUGAAGGACUGUGGAAAAUCAUGCAGAAAUUCGGCUGUCCAGAGCGAUUCACUCAGAUGGUGCGUCAGCUGCACGACGGUAUGAUGGCGCGAGUCACGGACAACGGAGCUGUCUCAGAGGCAUUCGCAGUGACCAACGGAGUGAAGCAGGGCUGCGUACUGGCGCCUACCCUCUUCAGUCUUAUGUUCUCUGCCAUGCUGAUGGACGCCUACCGCGACGAACACCCCGGGAUCCGCAUCGCCUACAGAACGGACGGCCACCUGCUGAAUCAACGGCGGAUGCACUUCAAAUCGCGCGUAUCUACAACCACCGUGCACGAACUCCUCUUCGCCGACGACUGCGCCCUGAACACCACCUCGAAAGAGGAGAUGCAACGGAGCAUGGACCUGUUCUCCGCCGCCUGCGAGAACUUCGGUCUGGUCAUUAACGCGCAGAAGACGGUGGUGAUGCACCAAUCGCCACACAACUCAGCCACAGCCCCCAACGCGCCGCCGCAAAUCAGCGUGAACGGAACCCAACUGCAAGUGGUGGAGAACUUCCCGUACCUGGGCAGUACCCUGUCCCGCAACACCGAGAUCGAUGACGAAGUCGCUAACAGGAUCUCGAAAGCCAGUCAAGCCUUCGGUCGUCUCCAAAGAACAGUUUGGAAUCGCCACGGUCUUCAACUAAGCACGAAGCUGAAGAUGUACAAGGCCGUCAUCCUGCCGACGCUACUGUAUGGAGCGGAGACUUGGACGGUGUAG